AUGCGCGUUCGAGAACUUCAUUGUGAAUAUCAUAUGCACAAUCAUCCUGAAUGUAGAGAGCGCUAUCAAAUAAUCAAAGGAAUUUGCGGGGGUUUACAUUAUCUUCACGAGAGCCGAAUUUUUCACUUAGAUCUCAAACCUGAAAAUGUAUUGCUCGAUAACAACACGGUGCCAAAAAUUACAGACUUUAGCCUCUCAAGAUGCUUCGAAGAAAAGAUUAAACCUAGGUCAACUAUCACUUCAAAGUUCCAGUAG